ACGAUAGAUGUGCAUAGGCUGAAAGUACCGGAGGCCGUGCGAGAGACGGAAAAAGCGAUCAGGGACCUGCUCGUCGAGGGGGGAGACACGCUUAGGGUCGUUACGGGGCGGGAUAUCGAGGACGUCCAUGACGCACACCCGAUUCCGGUGUUGAAGUUGGCGUUGAUAAGGACUAUGGAGGGGCAUAAGAUCGCGACGGAGGUCGAUCCGUCGAAUCCUGGUGUUUUGAUCAUUCAUUUGCCGAACAUGUGA